UAAACACUGAAAGAAGCGUUGUAGAAACCGGGGAAUGGAAUUUGUGUCGCGACUUCCUUUUGGUUGAUGAAGAGGAAAGAGGAAAUCUGUGCUUUUGGAAAGCUGAUAUGCUGCGUAAGUUGGUGGACUAGAAACAAAACUAUAGAAAGUCGUGAGUUCGGUCCAGAACUUUCGUAUUUACAUAUGGACGAGUUAAUAAAGCUAUACCCUGAAGAUGUCCGCAUUAUCAGCGAUAGAAAAAAAGUCAAUGAAAUUUGCUUGCAUUGUUGUGUUUAUGCUAAUUGUCUGUUGCAUCUUAAACUUGAAACUGAAACGACAAUGGAAAGGCUUCCAACCGAGACGAAACAAAAUCGGAACAAACAAAGCGGAAGAGUUUGGCAUUAUGACAUUGAAAAGAGCCAUUGAUAUUGCUAAGCUUAAAGAAAAGAUUGUUUUAUAUUGGUGCCCGCCAGAUGUCGCUGCAGUUAAAUCUAGACACAGAAAAUUCUGCGGUUGGUGCACUGCGUCAUCUAAUCGAUCACUGAUCACAGAUCGAAGAACUGCCGCCGUAAUUUUCCAUAACAACUGCAUGUCAAGGAAGGAAAUGCCGCCUGAUCAUUUAAGGAAACCCGAUAUGUAUUACAUUUGGUUUAACAUGGAAUCGCCGUUAUCGCAAUCGUUGUCCAAAAAGCCUCUCACGGACUUUGAGACAAACUACUUCAACGCUACAAUGACGUAUAGAAGAGAUUCCGCUUUUCACCAACCGUAUAUGCCAAGCAACUUAGUUCUCGGUAGAGUAAGUGCAUUCAUUCCGAAGAAGAAGAGACUUGGAAUUUGGAUAGUUUCAAAUUGUCACAGCCAUUUUGGUGCCGUAAAUAGAAUGAAAUAUUUCAAAGAACUUUUAAAAUCUGGACUUAAAGUUGAUGCAUAUGGGAAAUGUUUUAAUAAACUUGUCAAACUUCAACGCGGUAAAAAAGAAUUCUUUCAAUUUUUGGGCGACUAUAAAUUCUACUUCGCGUUCGAGAAUUCUUUCCAUUGCCGGGAUUACAUAACAGAAAAGUUCAUGCAGCAUGGUUUGUAUUCGGGGACAAUACCUAUUGUUUGGGGGCCGAAAAAGUCCGACGUCGAAGCAAUAGCCCCUCCACGGUCGUUCAUUCAUGUUGAAGAUUUUAAAUCAGCAAAAGAUUUAGCAAACUAUAUAAGUUACCUGGAUAAGAACAACACAGCGUAUAUGGAGUAUCAUGAAUGGCGAAAUCAUCUGCCUAGAACUGAUCCAUAUAGUAAGUCGUCUACGGGUCUCUGUCUUCUAUGCCGAACUUUGCAUGGAAUUGAAGAAAAGGGGAAAACGCAAAUGAGUGAAUAUUACCUACGGUAUCUGAACCACUCUUUUAGGAAGGUUAAAGUUCGACGAAGUCUAAAACACCGGGUUGUUCAGAGUCUUAAUGGUUGGUGGUAUGGUACUGAUAACCGUGAAUGCCUUUUUAACGAUUAAAUGUCAAGUUUAAUGGAUAGCAAACAAAUCAAUUUGUGUCUUGAUGUGUAGUAGGGUGGGGUAAACGGCACAUUAUUGGGUGAAGUGAAAAAUUAUAUUAUUUUUUUACAAGCUUCCCCUUGGGAAUAAAACAAAAACAAUGUUACAGGGUUUUUCGGCAGUCUUCGCAUGACUAUAAAGCGAGCGCCCAUAUAAGAUGUUUACUAGUUUUGCGUGUAUUUAUUGCCAAACAUUCGUUGGUUUGUCUGUAUAUAAUGCAAUAUUUUCUAUCUUUUGGGUGUUUAAAUAUACCAGGGUGGGGAAAGAUGAAACACCUUUAGCACAUAAUAUCAAAAUAUCCUGAUCGUGUUUCAAACAAUUGAAGCUGUGAAAAUACGGUUUUAUAAUUCUUUGAAUUUUCUAUAUUACUACUUAAAUGACACGGGAAAAUGGAAUGUACAAUUGUCCCAUUUCCCCCACCCCUACUAUAUAAUAUAUACUGAUAUAAUAACAAAUGAAAUGUACAGUAUUACAAUACUAAACUUGCUUGGAAGCUGUCCAGGUGAUUUUAUAUUAGAAAUAAAAGGAAAUCGAACAUGAUUGUGUUAUAAUCUUUAAAUAAUGGUAAACUCCCAAUACCUCAUCCUAUUUUUUUGAUCAAGUUGCUUUUGUUAAGUUAUGAUAAAGU